ACACACACACACACACACACACACAUACACACACACACACACACACACACACACACACACACACACACACACACACACACACACACACAACCGUUCUGAACAGAUAGGGUAGGAUGGCACCAAGAGAAAGUUUGUGCCCAGUAAAAAGGGGAACCACAAUCUGUAUAAAUGGUGGAUCUCUGGAUGCAGUGGAUCAUCGUUCUGAACGACACACUUCACCACCCUGACCACCUACCGAUCCCUCUCUCUCUCUCUCUCUCUCUCUCGCUGUCUCUCUCUCUCCUUCUCCUGCAAAGGGCUAAAGUGACCACUUCAACUUGAUCCUUGACCUUUGACCCAACCAUGUCAGAUCAAUCCUACACUGGCCGCUACAAUAAGAGGUUCGCCACCUCCAACCUGGGACAUCUGGAGGACGAUGAGCCCAAGUUCGUAGCGUUCGAUGAUGACGAUGAAGAUGACGAAGACACCGGCGCCACGGCUGACCCCAGGGCUUAUGGAGAUCCUCUGGAUGUGUACAGCGUUGACAUGCUGGUAGCCCAGAACAACCAGAACCACUACACAGGCAGCUUCAAGGCGCCUGCGGGCCAGCCCAUGCCGCUGGUGGUGCGCCGCGGAGAGCCCUUCAAGAUGCGCAUCACUUUCAGCCGCCUCAUUGGGCCAGACGACUUCCAGAUCGAGUUCAGAAUCGGCUCGGGGAAUGUAAUGAUGGUGAACUUCGGGACCCGUGACCGCGGCUCGUCCUGGUCCGGCCGGAUCGAGGACUCCUCCACCCCGGACUGCUUGGUGACGGUGACGCCGUCCGCCGACGCCAUCGUGGGGAAGUUCCGCACCUACGUGGGCGUCCUGGGGUCGGGCGGCAUCAACUACACCAGGGGCGACAACACCGACUUCUACCUGCUGUUCAAUCCCUGGUGCCCAGCGGAUACUGUGUUCUUGGCGAAUCCCGCAGAGAGGGAGGAGUACAUCCUGAAUGAAUACGGUUUAAUCUGCUUGGGAACAGCGGGAGCCUACAGUAUGAGGCCCUGGCUCUACGCACAGUUUGACGAGGGGAUUUUGGACACCUGUAUCGAGAUCCUGGAUCGAUGCCGAAUGCGCAUCAGUGAUCGGGGCAACGCCAUCAAAGUGACCCGGCAGGCAUCGGAGAUAAUCAACGCCCAGGACAACGAUAACGGGGUCCUGGAGGGGAACUGGGGCAAGACAUUCCCCGCAGGCACGUCCCCGCUGAAGUGGACGGGCAGCAACGCCAUCCUGAAGCAGUACAUCCAGACAGGGGUGACUGUGAGAUACGGCCAGUGCUGGGUGUUUGCUGCAGUCCUCAACACCUUUUUUCGUUGCAUGGGCCUGCCGUCCAGGGUCAUCAGCAACUUCAACUCUGCCCACGACAACGACGGCAACGUCAAAACUGAUCUGCUCUACAAACCCGGUGGCACCCCGCACCCCCGCACCAGGGACUCCAUCUGGAACUUCCACUGUUGGAACGAGGUCUGGAUGACCCGGCCAGACCUGCCUGCUGGCCUCGGGGGCUGGCAGUGUGUGGACUCCACACCCCAGGAGAACAGCGACGGGUAUUACCGCUGCGGCCCUGCAUCGGUUGCUGCUGUGAAGGAGGGUCACGUGUACUACCCAUACGACACCCCCUUUGUCUUUGCAGAGGUGAAUAGUGAUGUGAUCCACAAAACCGUGGACAAGUACGGUGGUGAGAAAGUCUUCCUUGUGGAGAAAGACCGUGUGGGCCUUGCCCUUCUUACCAAGGCUGUGGGCUCCAACGCCAUCGACAACAUCACCCACACCUACAAGCACCCUGAGGGUUCCGCUCUUGACGAGCAGGCCAUGAAUGAGGCUGAGAGCCACGGCCUGAGUCGGGACCACUCUGAGACUGGGGCGGCCGUCCUCGUCCUCACCAUAAAUACUGAACAGUCGGUGCUGAAGGGUGAUGACGUGGACCUGGAGCUUGUGUUCACCAACCAGGGAGACGCGGCUGCAGUGUUCACCGGCUCUCUGAAGGGCUCAGUGAUCUUCUACACUGGGGUUGCGUACAGCAGCUUCUACAAGCAGCGCUUUCAGGUCACGAUUUCCCCGGGGGGAGUGGAGACCAGGAUGGUGAAGGUCUCCGGAGACCAAUACAUGCGUUACCUUGGAAACCAGAGCUCCCUGCUGUUCACACUGACGGGAAAGUCCGGGGGUGCCUCACUGAGUGCCAGAACAGUCGUCACACUGGCGACCCAGACACUGCUAUUCAAAAUUGGUGGGAUCGCAGAGUAUGGCCAAGGAAUGUCUGUGGAGGUUUCCUUUGCCAACCCCUACGGCUACAAACUGACCAACGUGGGCAUCGGCAUGGAGGGGAGCGGACUCUUCAGCUACCAGAGCAACAACAUUGGUUCCGUCGAGGCCUAUGGUACUAUGACCUGGAAAGUGUAUUUCAAGCCUUGGAGUACUGGAACAAGAUACAUCAUCGCUCUCAUGAACUGCGAGGAGCUCCCAGAGGUGUGGGGCAUGGACUCCAUCUACAUCAAUCCCCCCCGCAUGGCAGGAGCCUAGCCCAGCGGCCCACGAGCCAGCGCUUCUCUGCCAAGCCUUCACCAAACACCAUCAACCACUGUUGACGUGGGUUGGGAAAACUUGGUGAUUGGUUUAAAUUGAUUCCUUUACUUCUUGCACUUACACAACAUAGAGUCCGAUCUGGUCCUUUUUUUUUUUGUGUACCCACAGUGAUCAGAUUCAAAGUAUUUCGAUGAUAUUACUACACUGUCAUUUAACAGUUAUCUCUGAUCUCUUUUAUAAAUAUGUUAAUCAAUAAAUGAAUAAUUUGUUAUUUGUACUUCCAACCGUUGCUUUUUUGUAACUCUCCAACUGUUCCUGUUUAUUCAUUAUAACUUGAAAGAAUGAGACCAUUUGCUUUAACUGGACUGAAAUACAUUUCAUCAAACUGUAUCCUGUUUGAGAAGUAUCGCCAUGAAUGAAUUGAUCUACCAUGAGAGUCUUGGUUUUUUGCUGUUAUACAAAACUCUGUGUUUAGGGCUUUCAUCUGUACUCUGCAAAAAAUAAUAUUGAAUCUAUGCGUUGCAAACUACUUACAAUAAAGCAUCAUCAAAACCAAA